AUUCAUCUCUUCACUCCCACAAUCACUGAUCGCUCACGUAAACGUAAUCAGCCCUUUGCAGCUGAUAUCGAAACGAGGAGUGUGUGAAAAGUACCUCACGGUCAAGGCCAAAUAUUACGCACUUCGCACUGAAACCAGCUGCUAAACACUUACAUAACUCAACGUAACAAAAAUGACAGACGACGAUGUGCACUCGGCGCGGCCAGGAGGAAAAAAGAAGCACAACAAAUAUCCACGCGAAUGCAUCGAUCACGUCGAUCUUUUCCGUUGGCUGAAGGGACUAGGAUGGGCAAACGAAACGGCACUGCGAAUCGCUCGAUACGAACACUCCGGAAAAGGAUUGUUCUCACGAAAGCCCAUCGAUGCAGGAGACUGCUUGAUUUCCCUUCCGUUCGAGGCAAUGAUCGGACUGAAUGCCCUCGAGCGUGAUGCAGAGUUCAGAGCCAUGUUUGACGAAUUGGCCUUGCAGGAGCACUUAUCAGAUGAAAAGCUGCCCUUCCAGGCGCUGCUUGCAUUGUAUCUAUGCACACAGGAGCAUCGAAGAGAACCAAAAUAUGCAGCGUAUUUUCAAUCCCUACCGGCAUGCCUAACAAAUCCAUACUUCUGUACGAAACGGGAGCUAUCACUGCUGCCCUACUUUGUCUUGCUGCAAACGGCGGAACGGAACAAACAGAUCAAAAGCUGUUACAAUAAGCUUUGCUCGGUUCUAAAACCGGAGUGGAAGAAUAACUUCAAGCUGGAAAGAUUCGAGUGGGCCUACUUUGCUGUAAACAGUCGAAGCGUCUAUCUAGAUCCGGAUGUUACCAAGAUAAUCAACAGUUUCCUUCCCGAUGGAUCGUUGUUCGAAGACAUCCUAGCUGAUGAGCCGUCGAUGGCGCUGGCUCCUUUUCUAGAUUUUUUCAAUCACCAAAGCACCGGCAAGAUGGCCAGUGACCUGUCCCUUUCGGUGGUACAGAUAAGGGACCGUUUACUUAAAGAGCAACCACUGGAUCUGUUCUACAAUCUUCACACCGAUAAGCCGUUCUCUGCCGGCGAACAAAUAUUCAUCAGCUACGGUACGCACAACAACACAAAGCUCCUGCUGGAGUAUGGAUUCUCUGUGGCCUCGAAUCCGGAUGACUUUGUCGAGGUUACGAUUACCGAGAUUAACGAAUUUAUCAAGCACGAUCCAGAAUUACGUUGCUUACGAUUGCCGCGUGCAAAGUAUCGCUUCCUUGCGGACCACCAGCUGGACGAGCAGCUGUUUUUCGUUGCGGACGAUCUGAUCAGUCACAAUCUGGCCGUUUGUCUCACCGUGCUGUUCGUCGAGCAGAACAUUCAUCGUAUGAAAACGAUCGCAUUCGCGGCCACCCCGCCACUGGAACCUAUCCGGUCAAUCACAUUGCGUUUGCUCGAAUUCCUCCUGCUGGAUGUCUCCCGCUCCCUGGCCGGGUUGGAUGCACUCGGGGAGCUUAGUUCCGCUGGUCACGCUUAUCGAGAGUACCGUCGGGAGUGUGGGGUGUUUUUAAAUAAAAUUAAAGACGAUUUCUAAACCAAACGCUUCCAA